AGGACACAGCGAUAGGUACCCCGCCGCACAAACAAGUGAAGGGCGAAGCACCAGCGUUUGGUUAAGCGAGCAGCAGGAGGCGCAGCAGGAAGAACACAGAAGAGGACAUGGGCAAGAGCAUCCGUCGCCAUCGCAAGCACAAGCCGAAGAUCAUAAAGCGGCACAAGAAGAAGCCGCACGUGAAGAGCAGCGUGCCGCAGGAGCUGGUGGUAAAUGCGGCGGAGAUCAAGGAGAAGCUGGGAAUCGAGCCCGAGUGGGACCAGCAGGACCAUGUCGACGGCAACUACGAGCGGGCGGGGCUGGUGGCGGAUGUGAAUGCGGCGUUUGGGCGCAACCGGCGGCGCGAUGUGCUCAAGGAGAAGGUGGAGCAGCACCCCGAGCAGCUGGAGCAGGAGCCUGACGAUGAGUUCAAGGCGGCAUGCUCGCAGAUGCGGAGCAGCGGCAAGGCGGCGCCCAAGCGGCUGACCUCCCACCAGCGGCAGAUUGUCGGGCGGCUCAUCGAGCGGCACGGGGAUGAUGUGGCAGCCAUGCAGCACGACCGCAAGCUCAACCCCAUGCAGCACUCGCAGGGCGUGCUGCGACAGCUGGUGGAGUCGUACCGCCACUGGGGGCCGGGUGCAGGCGUGGACUUCAGGGCGCCCCACAAGCGCCUCUGGUGAUGCUGAUGCACCGCCUGCUCCCUGCUGUUCCUCCCUCGUUGCCUGCUCCCCCUUCCUGCUCCCACCUCUGCUCCCCGCA